AUGUCAGAACAAGAAACUUCAGACACAGAAAAAACUAGCCACACCCCACCAAAUUUCCUGAUGGAAUUUGCUGCACAAUUUGCAGAAUUCCUCAAACAAAGCCUCAGAAUUCCAGAUUCAUCGGCCCAUAAACCACCAAACCACGACCAACUUGAAUCUUUUGGAGAGAUUUCCAUCAAGGCGAAACUCAAUGGGGAGAAUUACCCAUUAUGGGUUAACCUCAUGAAACGGGCAAUUGCGGGAAAAGGUUUGACAUCUCACAUUAAUGGAGUUUCAAAACCACCCGCAAUUGACGAUCCCAGCUACACGAGAUGGGAGCAACGGGAUAACUGCGUUUUCAAUUGGGUGAUCAACAAUAUCGAAACCGGACUUGUGAAUGAGGUAUCACAGUACGCAACCGCCGCUGAUCUAUGGGAAGGAUUGGCGAUCACUUAUGGAAGUGGAUCUGAUCCAUUCCAAAUCUAUGAUCUGCACCGACAAGCCAUGACAAUCAAACAAGAAUCUAUGACACUAGAAGGGUUGUGGAUCAAAAUGCAGGACUUAUGGAUCUCGAUUGAUACCAGAGAUCCGAGUCCGACAGACAUAGAGGGAUAUCAGAAGAGGGAGGAGCGCCAUCGCCUCUAUCAAUUUCUAAGUGCAUUGGAUGACAAAUAUGCUAAUAUCAAGAGGGAGAUUAUGGACAAGGAUCCAUUACCAACUGUUCGAAGAGCCUACGGACUGGUACGAAGGCAGGCCAUAAACGAGGAUAUCCUCAAAUCCUCUGAAUCGCCGACCGUAGGAAUCGGGUCCGGACUCGCCGCGGUCAACCACAGCCGACCACCACCGCUCUCCAAUCGACCACAGCAAGGAAAUCAAACCUGGAACAACAGGAAAGGGGAAAUCGACAAGAGCAAACUCGUUUGCACACACUGUGGAGGUAAAAAACAUACCAAGGAGGGAUGUUUCUUACUCAUCGGAUUUCCCGAAUGGUGGGACGAAAUGAAGAAAUCAAGAGCUGCGUCCAAAAAUCGGAAUCAACCGUGGAGUCCGAAUGGACAAGCGACGGUGGCGGUCAGCGGCACAAGACCGACGUCAAUCGUGUCUGCUGCAACGACUGGCGGGGCGUGGUCAGGCGGUGAUACACGAGCCGCCAACGCCGGAACUCCGGCAGGCAACGUCGGACCACCACCGCCACAGACGCGCAUUAACGAGGAGAGAGGAGGUGCCCUGGCGGCUAGGGUUCACGAAGGGGAAGGAUACGAGGACGGGGAAGAUAGUUGGGCGUGGCACUGAAUAUCGAGGACUCUACUAUGUGGAUAGGAUGGCUCAACAGGGUGCUGCGAUGCUAACUCAAGGACUGGCAGAGGAACAGACUUGGCUUUGGCAUAGGCGGUUAGGACAUCCAUCCAUAGGAUAUUUACGGUUAAUUUAUCCAAACCUUAUUACUUCACACCCUUUGAACUGUGAGACAUGUUUUCUGGCUAAGAGCCAUCGUCACUCUUUUAAACUUAAUAAUACUCGUGUGAAGUCAGUUUUCUCUUUACUUCACUCUGAUGUUUGGGGUCCAGCUCCGGUUACUAGUGAUAAUGGGUUUAGAUAUUUUU